AAACAAUCUACUCGUGUUCGCUGCACCGUGUGCGCCACAGCGGAGCUGCAGCGGGGCAACAGUGUUUCUCUGUGACCACAGGACGACUGCGCUCAGUCCACGAGCUCCAGUGUUGUCGUUGUCGUUGUUGUUGUUGUUGUUGUUGUCGUCGUGAACUCAGUCCGGACCUGACAGGAACCACACUCUGGUUUCUGAGGAAAGAGACGUUUCCAUUUUCUGAAGGAACUGUCAAAAACGGCGAGGUCGCGAGGUCGGUGGCGUUAACCCCGUUUUCACAGGGACUCACAAAACACGCACCAGCGAGACGCACACGUCCGUCUGGAUAGCUGACUCAGCAGCCCAGCCCAGCCCGGCCCGGUCCGGUUCGGUUCGAGGUCCAUUGAGGGAGAGACGCUGAGGAAAGAUACGCGCGAAAGGAAGGAAGGAAGGAAGGACGGAAGGGAAGGAAGGAAGGAAAGGAAGGAGCGAGAAACGGAGGAGACAGGAUGAACCUCAAGAGUCAUUUGAUUUUCACUCUCUACACUGUCUAUGGGAUUCUUCUCAAAGUGAUGGCUUCAAAAGGCAAAGUCCGAGGCAUCAGCGGUCAGUACCCUCUUGUUCAGAAUGUGACAGUGACAGAGGGCGGGACGGCGAACAUGACCUGCCGCGUGGAGUACAACGACAACACCUCCCUCCAGUGGUCAAACCCGGCACAGCAGACCCUUUUUUUUGGGGACAAGAAAGCUUUAAGAGACAACAGGAUUGAGCUGGUGCGUGCGUCAUGGGCGGAGUUAACCAUCAGUAUCAGUGACGUCACACUGUCUGAUGAAGGCAUGUACACCUGUUCCCUCUUCACCAUGCCCGUCAGAACAGCCAAAGCGUACCUGACAGUUCUGGGGGUCCCGCAGAAGCCAGAGAUCGAUGGCUUCACGAAGCCGGCUGUGGAGGGAGACCACAUCACUCUGACCUGCAUGACCCACGGCAGCAAGCCCGCCGCUGACCUGCGCUGGUUCAGGAACGAGAAGGAGGUCAAAGGUGCCAAAGAGGUGAAUGCAAGUGGGAAGACGUUUACAGUACGGAGCUCUCUGCAGCUGCACGUGGACAGAAAUGAUGAUGGAGUGGCCUACACCUGCAAAGUGGACCAUGUGGCACUCACACAGACACCACAGCAGGCCACUGAAGUACUGGAGGUCCACUACGCUCCUCGUGUGGAGAUCGUCCACUCCCCGGCGGUUCCUCAGGAGGGCCAGUACUUAAAGCUGGAGUGUGUGUCCAAAGGAAACCCUUCGCCAGAUCCUGUGAUGUGGACAAAAGACGGCAGUGAACUUCCUGACCUGGACAGGAUGAUUGUAGAGGGCAGGGACCUCACCUUCACUUCACUCAACAAGACAGACAAUGGCACCUACCGCUGCGAAGCCACCAACCACCUCGGGACCAGCAGUGCUGAAUAUAUACUCUACGUCUACGACGCCCCAACCACCCUGCCACCAUCCACCACUCCCCCCCCACAUCCCAUUCCUCCAGAUCCUACUGCACAAUUAGGCGCCCGCGCCUCAGACCCCACAGUCACUGGCAACAGAGAUCCCAACGCUCUGGGACAGCACGGCACUGACCAUGCGCUGAUCGGAGGAGUGGUCGCUGUGGUGGUCUUUGUCACCUUGUGUUUAAUCAUUGUUCUGGGAAGAUACCUGGCCAGGCAUAAAGGAACAUACUUGACAAACGAAGCCAAAGGAGCGGACGACGCGCCCGACGCCGACACAGCCAUCAUCAAUGCUGAGGGCAACCAUGCGCACGCAGAGGAGAAGAAAGAAUACUUCAUUUAGACUGCAGAGGGAGCUUUGCAGCUCCUUUCUUUAUUCCCCUUCUCCCUCCUUCACUCUCUGUGUCUCCUUUUCUCUCUUUCUGUCUCGCCCUUACUCUUCUCCACCUCUGACCACUGCCCCCCCCCCGCCGUGACCACGAGGAACCUGCAGGCAGUCCACAGACAGAGAAGCUCCCCGAGUGUGUUCCUCUUACUGCCCAGUGUUGGGCUCAUUUUUAUCAUUUACAACUUGUCCUUCAUUUCUGUCUUUUCCAUUCACUGCCAGUCUCCACAGGUAUCUUACCUUACCUUACCUUACCUUACCUUACCUUACCGUACUCCUCACCUUUGAUCUCAUCUUUGAGUCCCUGGAAACAAGCGUUUCUACCAUGACUGCUUCUAACACGUUCUUGUAUUUCUCUUCAAGCAGACACACACACACACACACACACACACACACACACACACACACACACACACACACACACAUACAUAUCAUGUCUCACAUCAACACGGUGCCUAAAAAUACAGACGCCAUUGAACUUCUGUCAAUGCCUUCAUGUAUGGUCUGUCAGUAGCGAUGUAAAUGCUUUUUCGACCGUCGCCUCAUCGUUCCCCUCACACAGCUUUUAAUUAUGCGUUGCAUCUUUUUAAUUAAAUGGAGAUCUGUGCUGUUUUACGCCUUAUACAUGUCUAUCACACUGAAUAUGGUACUUUUAGAAGCUCCACCCCGAGCCUGCCCGCCCCCCUCCCCACCUGUCCCCUCUAAAUAGACUUGUAAUUAAUCAGUCGAGCCCUGUAAGAUAAGAAGAAGGUUUUGUGUGACACUGUAGUAUGAUUUUGUCAGAUAAGUGUAUAAUAUGAUUUUCAUUACUAGGGUUAGGGUUAAUAAAGGGUAUUGUUGGUAUUGUUUAGAGCAGAGAAUACACACCAAAAAUAUGCGAAAGGUACUAGAUGAAGCAUUCCAUCAAAUAAACUUGACCCGUUAUACUCGACCAUUUGCUAAACCUGCUGUCCGUAUGUACUUUCGUGUGUAUUUCCCUGCACUGACCGGGCUGCAGUUUAGUCACACACCAACUCACAGUAGUUUGUUAUUCACGUCAACAACCGUUCAGGUGUAUGCUACAGUCAAUCUCCUCUCUCUGAAAGCUGUAUAAAUUGUAUUGAGGUGAUUUUAGCUUUUCACUUUGAAGAAUUUUGUUUGUGUUAAUGUGACAAUUUUAAGCCUGAAGGACCCCAUGAAAUGUAAAGUGCAGCAGCAGGAGCUGAAAACACAAACACAGACAGUCUGUCAGUCGAGGUCAGGGCAGCUGUACAUGUGUUAUGUCCAUGUGCCCACUUCUCGCUAAACAACCGUUCAUUUUAUUACUAAAUACGAGGAGUGGUGAGACGAGUUUGACUAAAGUCCUGCUCAUCUCUGAAACCAUGUUUUCAUUUCACGGGGCCUUCAAGCAAAAAAGAAAAAAAAGAGAAAGUAGUGAGUGAGUGAGUGAGUGAGUGAGUGAGUGAGCGCUGGGUCAUAGAUCUGCAGAAGCCUCUUUUUCCAAAACUGAAGAAUAGAGAAGCACAAAAAUGACUGAAUGAUGUUACUUUUCCAACCAUGAGAUCAAAUUUAUUAUAAGAAACCUUUUGUUUUUCCAAAUGUGAGAUAAUUCAUGUUCUCUGAUCAUUUGGGUUGAAAUGGUUUGACGCUCCCUGCUGUAUAUUGUGUCUGCUAAAAUGUGGUUGAUUGUGAAAAAAUUCGCUGUUUCUGGAUUGUGGAUUCCUUUAAAUUUGUAAAUUAGCCACUUUAAUCUAUUGACUUUUUUUUUUUUCCUUCCAUUUUUUUAUUGCAUAAUCCUUUUUAGUCACAUUUUGAAAACAUGUAUUUGUUCUGGCUCAAGGCAUGUAUAUAAUGUGUGAGAACUAAAGUUUCAUAGUACACAUUA